AUGGGUGUUGUAAAAUUUGAUGAUGCACCUGGUGUAGGAAAUCUGUUACCUAAUCAUACUGAUAAUAGGGUAAACACAAUAGUAGAGAAUAUGGGGAGUAGAAUCAAGUUGAAUGUUGCAGAAGUGAAAACUCUGUUGAGGGAGGUGAGGAACUACUGUGAGUUCUACAAUGAGGGAGAUCACGAGAUUGAGAGAUGUAAUGAAUUUAGAGCCCUGGUACAGGGUCAAAUGGACAACAAAGAGCUGGAGUUCUUUAAAUUUACUAAAGAGGAAAACGUAUGCACCUUGGAGGAGGGGUCGAUGGAGAAGAAACCCGUGGCUUUUUCUUAUAAGGAUAGCAAAAGGGUGUCUUGGAAUUAUAAUUGUAAUGUGACAUCAUCUGGAGAGGGGAGUCCGGUCAUCACACCAAAUACAAAAGCCGAGCCUGUAAAAGGGAAAUCUUUGGUGAUCGAACAAGGGAAAGUAAAACAGGAGUUAUCCAUUAAUGAGCCUGUAAUGGAGAAAGAAGCUAAGAAAUUCUUGAAAUUCCUAAAGCACAGCGAGUAUAGCGUUGUGGAACAAUUACUCAAGCAAUUGACACGCAUAUUAGUACUAACUCUGCUCCUAAACUCAGUGGUACACUGUAACGCGUUGAUGAAGGUGUUGAACGAAACCUAUGCUGCUGAUGACAUUUUAGUAAACAAGCUAGACUGUCUUAUCAGCAACAUAAGUGCCGACAAUUUCAUCUCUUUCAGUGACGAUGAGAUACCGCCAGGGGGUAUGGGAUCCACUAAGGCUUUACACAUCACCACUCAAUGCAAAGGGUAUACAUUACCAGGGGUAUUAAUUGAUAAUGGAUCAACAUUGAACGUCUUUCCCCUGUCUACAUUGAAUAGGUUGCCAAUAGACAGCUCUCAUAUGAAAACAUGCCAGAAUAUAGUGAGGGAAUUUGAUGGCACCGAAAGGAAAGUGAUGAGAAGGAUUGAGGUACCUCUUCUAAUCGGACCAAACACAUACGAGGUAGACUUCGUAGUGAUGGACAUCACGCCUUCUUAUAAUUGUUUAUUGGAGAGGCCAUGGAUCUACUUGGCAUGGGUAGUACCAUCAUCAUUGCACCAAAAGCUAAAGUUGGUGACAGAGGGUCGACUGAUAAAGAAAAAUACGGAAGAGGACAUUAUUGCAUCCGUCACAAGUGAUGCGCCGUAUAUAGAAAAUGAUAGCGAGGUAAUAGAAUGUUCCUUUCGAUCAUUAAAAUUUGUAAAUGCAACUUUCAUCAUUGAAGGGGGCAGGGUCCCAAUACCAAAAAUAUUCAAAGCUACGAGGAUGAGUUUGCAACUAACAGUGGGAAAAUGGGCAUUGCUUGGAAGGGAACUCGAGAAGUAUCUCCAUGGACGAGUUGAGGUGCUGGCCUUGGCUGAUAAACAGGAUCGCUUUGGCUUAGGGUAUAGGCCAGAUGCAAAGCAAAAGAGACAGGAGAUGAUAAAGAGGUCUCUAGUUAUCAAUGAUAUGAAUGAUGCUGUUACGGACCUAGAGUUCCCUUUUGAGCGAGACAUGUGUCUGGAUGGAUCUCAGGAUUUUAAAGAUGAUAGAGAUUGUAACUUACCUCCGAAUUUGUUUAGGAUGGCAGAGCAGGAAGAGAAACAUAUUCUAACCCAUAAGGAGAUAAUCAAGAAUGUGACCUUGGAAGAAGGGAAGGAGGUGAACAUUGGAACUUGCAUAACCAAGGAAACAAGACGGGACCUCAUUAAAUUACUACAAGAGUUCAAAUAUAUCUUCGCGUAG